UACCGACUGGUGAUUUUCUGCGAAAUCGUGGAGGCGGUUUCUAUUUAAGGAUUAAGGUCUCUUGAGUAGCGAGUUCUAACGAUGGGCGGAAAAAGAUGUUACAUAUAUUUUAGUAGCGAAAGUAAAACAACGAAAUCAGGUUGUUGCCGUUGGCUAAAAUAAAACCGCUCCUACAACAACAAAAUUUGGCAGAUCUAGAACAAACUGAUGAGCCAAGCACAAGUAACGGGUAUCAUUUCCGAUAUUCCAAUGUCACACCUCAGAACGCCUUUCCCAGAAGCUCUACUUAUAGGGUAUAAAAAGAGGUGCCGUCCACAUUUGGACAACAUUAGUUCUUCGAAGCAGAAGAUCAACUCAGUGGUUGUUCCAGAAUUCUGAAAUGAAACUUCUUCUAACCGUUGUUGCGCUCCUGGUGUCUGUGAUUGCUCAAGAAAGCCAGUAUAGACAAGGUUAUGAAAGAGUGUAUUUACCAUCUUACGGCUAUUCGCAUGGACAAAAACAACAACAAAUAAUUUCUCAAAGCCAAGCUCAGAUACAAAAGCCAGAAUUCGGACCACUAACAACCUCUCACGACGAGCUUCCAGUUCCUACAGAAGAGGAUCCGGAUGCAGAUGGAAUUGUUGGAGUAGCUGGACAAGAUUAUCCAGUUUUCAGUUAUGUACCACAGACGGGGUUCUCGUGCGAAGGACAAUAUCCCGGUUACUAUGCUGACGUCGACUCCGGCUGCCAGGUGUUUCAUUUUUGCUAUGAAGAAGGAUUUCAGAAAAGUUUCCUGUGUCCUAAUGGUUCCAUUUUCAACCAAAAAACUUUCACAUGCAUGUGGUGGUACAACGUUUCUUGCCAAGAUGCUCCCAAUUUUUACCAACUUAACGCCCAGCUUUACAUCAUCCCAGAACCCAAAAUAAUUACUGGGCAGGUUCAUCCUGCACCCGAGUCGCCUCCUGAACGCCACGUUUUUGUUAGCCAACCCUUUCGUCCAAACCCUGUGAGUCCACCUCGUAUUCCAGAACCUCCAAUUCUUCCUCCUUUGAGACAUCACCAGGUUAUUAAUCCAUCUCCUCCAAAGACUGCUAAGAAAGGUAUACGCUAUGUUCUUCUGAAGGUCCCUGUAUCUGAAGAUGGCAUACCUCAACUUGGACAAUUUCAAAAACAGGCCAGCGCCAUUACCCACAAAGGGUACGGAGGGCUACCUUUGGUGGUGGUCUCUCACAACUCUAAAGGCUAUUGAUCGAACAAACAAAUCUUUCUAGGAAAAUCACUUUUUUGCGCCCAUUUUGUAAUUAUAUGUUUAUGAGGAACUGAAUAUUUUACAGCAUAUAAUAUAUUGACUGGAAUGUGUAUAAUAUAUUUCAACUGAGUUUGUAGUAGGACGCUUUAAUUGAAUAACGACAAUCAAAUUCUCUACUUUCAUUUAUCAACCAGACGACAAAAGCUUGUUUUAACUAUUUACGCAAAGUUUUACAUUUUAAAUUGUUUUUCCAGCUUGUUUACUAUGCAAAAUAUCUGAGAUAAAUAACCAUUUUUAUGUAUAUCAGCUGGUUCCUAAUGAAUAAAGUCGCAAAUGCACUUUCUGUUAUAAUUUUA